AUGUCCCUGCCCGCCGUCACCCCUCUUCUCUUCUCCAUUUCAGUAAUGGAAGCGGAAGCGAUAGCGUGGUACGACUACAUCGUGCCUGAUGUGAUCGCGGACGUGCUCAAGGCGACUGGAGACCGCACCGGAAUGCGCUGGGGUGUCAUGCCGGCUCACCAGUACUGGUUCCAGUCUCCCAAGCUGCACGUGGUGCUCUACGUGGUGGCAGUGGUGUUCUGCGCGGUGCUGCACCGCCAGUCGCGCGGCUUCCGGUCAGCAGCCAUAAGGCGACUCAGCAUGGCUGGACUGGGCCGCUCGUUGAAAUGCCCCAUCAACAAGCUCAUUGCGUACAUGUUGAUGGUGUGCUUGGCGGUGCAGGGCUUCACCAAAGCAUCGCGAGCGAAGCCCUUUGUCCAGCUGGGGUGGCUCCUCAUGCCCUGCCACCUAUUCACAGGGAUGUGGAUCUACGUUUUAAUGCGCGAUAGGCCGCAUCACUACGGGAGCGGUUGCUACCUUGCCUCGCUGUUGGUGGACUGGGUCUGGAGCCCCCUUGGGGCACUAGCGCAUCCCGACUGGGGCGAUCAUCAGUACCUCUGGGAGGGCUACGUGUUUCUCCUGCACCAUGGUGUGCUGCUUCUCCUGCCGCUGUACUUUGUCGCCCGCUACGACACACUGGGGCUUGACUGGGCGCACCUGUGCCACCUCACGUGGGUUUCGACGCUCUUCAACUUCGCCUUUCUGGCCCCCUGCGGGCUUCUGCUCGGACUGAACGUGAACUACCAACUAGCCCCGCCGCGUCUGAGCAGCAGGGCACCUACCGUUGUUAAGACUGCGCUCUACCGCCCGGCACUUAUCCCGGUGUUUGUGGCGCUGUCCAUCAUUGCCAACAUCGUUGUCCGCCUGCUCGGUAGGAUCAUUCGCAAGCUCUUCACCUCUUUUCAGAAGCUCACGAAGUCAGACUGA